AUGUCGAAGCGGAGUUGGCAAGAGGCCAAUCUGCCUUCCCCGUCCCCACGAGGCCCAAUAACCAGCCUGCAACGAACAGGUUCCUCGGUGUCGCCGCAGUCCUACAAUUCACCAGGCCAGACGCUCUCGCCAAAGAAGAGCCGCAACUCUUUCGACGAGCCGCCUCUGAUAGCAAAGGCCCCUCCCAAAGCACCACAACGAACCAACUCCUCCAAUGGCGCACAGGCCGAUUCGAAGUUGCCAGGAAUAUCGAGAAAGGUCAAAGCAUGUGCAGCUUGUCGCAAACAAAAGAUCAAAUGUAUCAUGAUUGGCGAUCCCCCGUGCCAGAGAUGCAAAGAGCGAGGAUUGUCAUGUCGGUUGAAUAAAAGCUUGCAAACCCUCAUGUCAGAAGACUCGAAGUGGAAGUCUGCAGUCACCAAGGAUGUUACUUCGCUGUACGCUGCUGUGGAAGAGAUAGUGCGGACACUUCAGCUUCCUCCUUUGCCGCAGAUGCUCGUCUCAACGCAAGAUCCCGCCAUCUUCUUUGACCAGGAAGAUCAGGGCAAUGAUCAGGAUGAUGAGGAUCAGUCGGUCGACAAUUCACCAAAAGUCACGCCCGUUGCUGACAAUCUGUCCCACGUCCCAAUUGAAUCCCUAUAUCAGAUCACAGGCAUGCGGUCUCUACGAGCGACCGAGAACAUUACAGAAGACCAGUCGCGGAUAUGCAAGCAGCUGCGCGAUACUGACUUCAUUGCACGAGGUUUGAUCAAGCAAGAGGAUGCAGAGCAUCUGGCCAAUUACUACCUCAGCAAGCUCGACCCAUAUAUCUGGCACAUUUGCCCUGACUAUAAAGACCUCGACUCCUUCAGGCGACGCUCUCCCACUCUGACGGCAUGCGUUCUGACGGUUGCCGCGCUUCAUGAUACUAAGCUGGGUCAUCUGUACGCCAUCUGUAACAAAGAGUACCGAAGGUUGGUUGCCAAUGCAAUGUUUGAGAGAAAGAUCGAUAUGGAGUAUUUAAGGGCACUCGUACUUGGAUCAUACUGGUUGAGCGACAUCUCCUGGACAUUAUCAGGUUACGCUAUUCGUCGCGCCAGUGAAUUUCACCUUCGACAGUACUAUCACGAAAUCUCCGAAUCUCUCAAGUCGCCCGAGAAGGCGGAUCAGGAGAAGCUCCAAGAGGCGAUCGACGGUAUCAGAGUGCUUUACUUGCUCUAUAUCUGCGAUCAUCAUCUAUCGAUUCUCUACGGACGUUCAUCGAUCAUGCGUGACAACGAAAGUUAUAUUACGGGUUGGGAGGCGUACCUGGCAUGCCCACUAUCAACGGACGCCGAUCGCAGAAUCGCUGGACAAAUCUGUCUGAUGUAUCUCAUGAACCAAAUUCGCGAAACGCUAGGUCCAGAAGAUACAGGAUCAGUGUUACCAGCCUCUGCACUGAGCAAGAUUGCUGGAUUUGAGAGAGAUUUGGAUGAUUGGAUAGCCAGGUUCUCUCGGCAUAACCCAAGCCAAUGGAUAGGCAAUUGGCCCAACAAGGGCGCGAUAAUGCACUACCACUGGGCGAAGUUGUACCUUCAAUCGUAUGUGCUUCGUGGCUUGCCAGACACCGGUGCUGUUAUCCCAGAACACUUCUUGGAGAAUGCGUCGGCGGCAGUUGCUGCUGCGACUGCAAUCAUCAAUCUGCUACUUGACGACAAGGACGCACAAAUAGCCAUUGCAUACGUCCCUCAUCACGUUCACGGCAUGAUUGCGUUUGCUUGCAUGUUUUUACUGAAGAUUGCCAAAAAGUUCAGUGCGCAGCUAUUCCUAGAUACCGUUCGCUUCCAGCGUCUUAUCAACGCGUUAGCACAACAUAUCAAAUCGACAGAUGUCGGAAAGGAUCACCUAAUACACCGGAUGGCAGAGGGGCUUGAGAAGAUGGCCGAAACUCUGGGAGGUCCAGCUCGACCUAGAAGUCGAAAGGUAAAUGGAGAGCAGUCGAAACCAACUGUGACCUUUUCGAGUGAGCCUGUCGUGGACAAGAAAUCCGAUGCUACACCUAAUGGGCUGGCAGAUGUGCCAGACUACAACGCCCUGGACCCUGCUGCAUUCGAUUUUGACGAUCCUGCUUUGGGGUUGGGAAUGCCAUUCUUCGACUUUGAGGGCACAACUGUUGGUAUGGGUGACAGCAUGUGGAACUUCAAUAAUUGA